CAUGUCAAUUGUCAAGUCAAGAGUAAAAUGUGUCGGGUGUUUCGUUUUGUGCUAAACUUUACUUGUUGAUUUUAUUACUUAAAUCUAAUGAUGAAUAAAUGAAAACUUGCCAAACGAGUGCCCAGUGAACUAUGUCAUAGUGUUGUGAGUGAAUACUGUGUAUUUUUCCUCUCGUUGCCGAAAUCCGAGCUGCGAUUGUAAAGGUGGAUUCUAUCAUCUAAAAGCAAUAUCACAAUCCAGUAAAGGAGGCGACCGGCGGGCGGCAGCGCGGCCAUGGAGGACGAGGUGACGUUCCUGUUCCAGCUGGGCGUGCUGCGCGACGCGGUGUCGGCGCCCGCGCACCGCCUCACGCUCGCGCACCUCAAGGAGCUGGCCGUCAAGUUCGUGCAUGAGAAGAUCCCGGACAACGGACUGAACCGUCUGUCGGAGCGCAUCCUACUGUUUCGGCACGACUACUGCUCGUCCAACGUGCUGCAACUCGUCAACUCGGCCGCUGACGUCACGGACGAGACGCUGCUGGAGAUCGUACUCACCGCCAACCCAUUGCUGUGUGGGGGCGAGCCGCCGGCGCCGAGGCCGCACGCGCUGUCGGUGCACUCGUACAAGGCUCCCACCUUCUGCGACUUCUGCGGCGAGAUGCUCUUCGGGCUGGUACGACAGGGCCUCAAGUGUGAAGGCUGCAACCUCAACUACCACAAGCGCUGCGCAGUAAAGGUGCCGUCCAACUGCACUGCGCCGGCGGGCGCGGCCGGCGCGUCGGGCGCGUCGGGCGCCGGCACGGCGUCGGGCAGCCGGCGGCAGUCGGCGGCGCCCCGCAGCCCGUCGCGCUCGUCGGCGCACAGCCAGCACAGCGCGCACGACGACUCGCUGGUGGGCACGACGUCGAGCUGCAAGCGCGCGGGCGGCGCGUGGACGUCGUCGCUGGGCAUCCCGCACACGUUCCAGGUGCACACGUACACGCGGCCCACCGUGUGCCGCCUGUGCAAGAAGCUGCUGCGCGGCCUGUUCAAGCAGGGCCUGCAGUGCCGCGACUGCCACUACAACGCGCACCGCAAGUGCCUGCCCUUCGCGCCCAAGGACUGCGGCGGCGAGAUACGGGACCAUCACGGUGAGAACCAGGACAGUUGUAGCACCAGCAGCGAAAUAUCGGAGCCGCGGCCAACGCUCGACGACGACUCGGACGACGCCGAGCUCGACCACGAGCACCGCAACCACAACCACAACCACAACCAUCACAGUAAUCACGAGCAGGCGCCGCUGCGGCCGCCGGAGGAGGACGAGGAGCCGCAGCGGGACAUGGCGCCCGACUGCGCCGCCAGCCGCCCCAGCAGCUCGUCGUCGUCCCCCAGCGCCAACAUCCCGCUGAUGCGCAUCGUGCAGUCGGUGAAGCACACCAAGAAGCGCGACGGGCAGUGGCUGAAGGAGGGCUGGCUGGUGCACUUCACCAAUAAAGACAAAACCAUCAAGCGGCACUACUGGCGGCUGGACAGCAAGUCGAUAACCCUGUUCACGUCAGAGCAGGGCACCAAGUACUACAAGGAGAUCCCGCUCAACGAGAUCCUGGCCGUCGACACGGCGCGCCAGCCGCACUCGGAUGUGAUGCACUGUUUCGAACUCCGCACCGCCAACGUGGACUACCUGGUGGGGGUGGACCCCGCGUGGCAGGGGGGUGGUGCCCCCCUCCCGCCACCUGACUCUGGGGUGGGUGCCUACCUCGCGCGCUCCUGGGAGACUGCGCUGCGACACGCCAUGAUGCCGCACACGCACUCUGCGGAGGCGAACCCCGCGGGCGCGCGCGGCGGCGCGGGCGGCGCGGGCGGGCAGGAGCGCGCGGCGGAGAUGGCGCAGCUGUACCAGAUCCACCCCGACGAGGUGCUGGGCUCGGGCCAGUUCGGCAUCGUGUACGGCGGCCUGCACCGCGACACCGACCGCCCCGUCGCCAUUAAGGUGAUAGACAAGCUCCGGUUCCCGACCAAGCAGGAGGCACAGCUGAAGAACGAGGUGGCCAUCCUGCAGAACCUGUCGCACCCCGGCGUGGUCAACCUGGAGCGCAUGUUCGAGACGCCGGAGCGCAUCUUCGUGGUGAUGGAGAAGCUGAAGGGCGACAUGCUGGAGAUGAUCCUGUCGCACGAGAAGGGCCGCCUCACGGAGAGGAUCACCAAGUUCAUCGUUGCACAGAUCCUGGUGGCGCUGAAGCACCUGCACGAGAAGAACAUCGUGCACUGCGACCUGAAGCCCGAGAACGUGCUGCUGUCGACGGACGACACGUUCCCGCAGGUCAAGCUGUGCGACUUCGGCUUCGCGCGCAUCAUCGGCGAGAAGUCCUUCCGCCGCUCCGUCGUCGGCACCCCCGCCUACCUCGCGCCCGAGGUGCUGCGCAACAAGGGCUACAACCGCUCGCUGGACAUGUGGUCGGUGGGCGUCAUCGUGUACGUGUCGCUGUCGGGCACCUUCCCCUUCAACGAGGACGAGGACAUCAACGAGCAGAUACAGAACGCCGCCUUCAUGUACCCGCCCGCGCCGUGGCGGGACAUCUCUGCUGACGCGAUCGACCUGAUCAACAACCUACUGCAGGUGAAGCAGCGCAAACGUCUCUCGGUGGACAAGUGCCUGGCGCACGCGUGGCUGCAGACCAGGGAGGCGUGGGGCGACCUGCGCACCCUGGAGCGGAGGGUGGGCGCACGCUACCUCACGCACCCCAGCGACGACGCGCGCCUCGCCUCGCCCCUCUCGCCAGACGAGCCGACCCCACACUGACCAGACCCCCCCAGGGGUGAGGAACCAGCUCCGCAAUCGCCCCCCAUCAGCUGCUUGCGCACGCGCUGGAGGAAGCUGCUCGUGUACGUGCGCUAAUGGCCGCCCCCCUCCCCCACCUCACCCGUGACGCACAUGUGAUACACUGCCAUCGAUCGUUGGGCACGGUAGCUAUUUACUGUUGUAUCUCACUGACACAUUGUUAUUAACUUAUAUAGAAGCGGAUAAAAACUCUGUUUGUCGACGGUAGCCGAUGUUUCUUGCUUAACUAUCAAAGUGAAGCUUGACUGAGCUAGAAGUUCAAUAGAUCAAAGUCCACUGUGUACUUACUCUCUAUUAUUGCCUUCUUCAAAGUAUAAUGAGUUUAUUUACUGUUAGUAAAGCUAUUCAUUGACUUGGCUGACAGCUUAAAAAAAUGAAAGUCAUCGACCUCGUUUAACAUAAAACUGUUUUUCACAGAGGAUUUAUUAUCAAUCAAUGAAAUUACAGUGCAAAUAGGCGCGGUUGACUUCAUAGUUCGAGAGACGCCGAGUUACCGAAUCUGACGGCUUACUUGAGUCACAUGUGAUGCAAUGACAUUUAAAUAUUUUGUGGCAGCUAAGAUAUCGUUAUUUAAUAUAUUAAUUUACUAGUUUGACACAACGGGCGACGGAUAGCGCAUUUCUUUAGAAAAUACAAUUUCAAGUUAAGAAGUCUGUAUGACUCUCAUUGUUGAUGCAUUUAGAUAUAAUGUUGUUAUGUACAACAGUAGGAUUGGGUGUGACAGCUCCUCUCAGUAUUGCCAUCAUGCUUUAUGCAAGAUGGCAAUACUUUCAAAGCAGUUUUAGUCUGAAGGGCAUUGAUUCAUGAGGCCCAUGAUGCAUAACACACGUCUCAGGUUCAUUGUAGGAUGUGACCCUAACAUAUCCUAUGUUAUAAGUAAUGGAUAUAUCCACGGAUAUGCAUUAGCUAGAAGCCGCUUGUGCAUUUAAUAGAAUGUAAGAUCUGUCUUCGACAUUAUAUUGUGUUCUGACACCAUAUUGUAUUUUAAAUUGACUACGAAAAUAAAAUGCAUAUAUUAAUAAUACCUAUAAUUCAUCUCGCAAAGAACCAAACGAUGACAUGAGUCAAUAAAUUACAGUCUUCAAUAUAUUACUGUAGACUCUAGUAAAUUCUGACGUUACUAAAGUCUAAAAUAUAUUUAAUGUGGUUAGAUAUGUGCCCGUGGUUGUAAAGAUCAAGUGGACCAUCAUUCUGCUUGUUACUCAUUUGUAUAUAAAAAGUCGGUCCAAUACUUUAUAACUGGAUUAGUAAUUGAUAGUAAUUUACAAACCACGGUUUGUCGAUUUUAAAUUCUAAUAAAUUAAAAAAAAACUCAAUGAAUACAUAACAUGAAAGAGAGAGAGGGUGUUGUGAUGAGAGAAUAUUGUAUUUAUAAAAUAAACCUCUAAAUCAGAUAAGAUAUCCUUAACAUUAACCAUAAUAUAAGUAAACUGAUUUAAAUGUAUGUAAGUAUAUAAAUAAUUUAACUAUUAAAUCAAAUUGGGGAAAACUGAAAUAGGUAAAAGAUAGGAAUUUAAUGAAAGUUGACCGAGUUUUGACGAACCCAUCUGGGGUUUUCAAUGAUAAGUUUUUUAUGCUAUACUCAUUAGAUUCAACUCAGUUGUAGCUCGAAAUCAUAAUCUCCUACAUGCAGAGCAAUACCAUUUAAUAAUGAAAAAAGCUUAAAGCAAGUUGAACCUUCGCCAACAUCAUUAUCGAAGAGUAUUAAUAUACUAAAGACAUACUCUAUGUGCACUGAUUACAAUAAUGCAUAAAUUUGAUUAAUAAGCUUAGAAAAAUUAAAUAUAGUUAGUACUUUUGAUAGAAAAACAAUACAUAAUCCUACUAAAUAAACGCGAAAGUUUGUAUGGAUGUUUGUUACUCUUUACCGCCGCUACUACUAAAGCGAUUUGGCUGAAAUUUGGAAUGGAAAUAGAAUUUACUUUGGAUUAACAGAUACUACUUAUCACGAAUCCCGAAAAAAUGGUUUCCCGAGAUUUGCGAAAAUGAUGAUUUUGAUGAUAUGAAUGUUUAUUACUCGUUCACGCCUCGACUACUGAACCUAUUUAGUCGAAAUUUGGUAUUGAAAUUUAAUGUAGCAUGAAUUAACACAUAGGCUACUUUUUAUCCCGGAAAAAAUCCAUGGUUCCUGAGGGAUUUGUGAAAAACUAAAUUCACGCGCACGAAGUCGCGGGCGUCCGCUAGUUUAAAAUAAAUGACUUGCAACAGUGUACAUCGAGUAUGGCUUUAGUAUAGAGACGGAAAAACUGUCCAGCUAUGACAAUGACUUACAAUGAAAACCUAUCUCAUUCAUUUUCUAUUAAUUAUUCCGGCCUAGGCCUAGGACUCAAACUUAGGUAGGUAUAUCAUUUUCCGCAUUUUGUACAGUCGGGUUUUUAAGUGUUUUAAUUUAAUUUUUUUAAUAAUACUAGUUACCUACUUUUAAUUUAUUUCAUUGCAUUCCUUCAGUUACGGUUGCUUUACUUUUACGAGAUUUUAAUUUAUUUUUUAUAUUAUAGAAAUAAAAUAAAGUUAGUUAAUUUUUAGUAUUUCUACACCUAACUGUUAGUAUUUGGUUCAGUUGACUGUCCAUGACAUCACAAUAUUUUUAUUAUUUUGUAAGUAGGUUAUAUACCUACUAUUAUGUAUAUUUUUAACAGACUUCAGAAAAUAACACGUAUUUUACCGGAUUAUUGCUGGUUAUGUGUACACACAUGCUUGCGUUAUUAAAAAACUGCUGAUUUACUUCUGAUGUGGUUUUUUGUUAUUUUAAUGCAUACUUCUCAGGCAAAAGUUUUAUAUCGACGAUAAAAACGACGUUGGUUUCUCUCAGAAAAAAAAUGAUUAAACGAUUUAUUAAAUUGUUUAACUGUGUCACUUACUAUCAAGUGAAAUAGCAGCCAAGAUCGUACGAUAUAACGAGAAAUGUCUUGACGCUUGUAUAAUGAUGCGUAAUGUUGCCUAAAAAUUAAAUAAAUACGCAUCGAAUUACAAACCCCUAUUUUGUUAAACGCAUAAUAUAUUAGCGGUAUGCUAUGAAGGCUAUUUUGACAAAUAAUAUAAAUGUCGUAGUAAAAUGUUAAAUUGUUAUUGAAAGAAUUGUAGCCGUGUAUCUAAAGCGUUGAGCUAGCACCAAUAGGGAUGAUGACAGUUUUUUAAAUUGUAUAUAAAUUAAGAGUAUACUAAUAGUAAAGCAAUUUUGUAAAAGGAACAGGGUAUCUGCGAUCAUUACUUUCGGAGCUACAGGGACUUAAAGGGUCAGAUUUGCGGCGCUGCCGCGGAUCCCUGGAAAACGCCCCAUACAAAAUGGCUCGAAAAAAUGACGUCAUAGGCAAUGUAAUGAUCGUUAGAUUUGUAUGCGCGUUCAAACAAUAUUACUAAUAUCUUUGUUAUUUGUGCGUUUAUCUUUAUAGUUCAUAUAUUAAAAAAUGUCACAUUUAAUGCAAGGAAGCUAAAACUGUAUGAAUUUUCAUCUAAUUACGAUAAAAAUUUUUUAGUAGUUUUUGAAAUUUUAUAAUCUCAUUUAUUUUGCAAAUAUCCAGACAAUCUUUGCUUUUUAUGUAUAAAUUAGUUAACAUUGACCCUAUUUACCUGAAUGUAUCAUAAAAAUCAAUAUAUUCAAACCUAGUCAUCAUCCCCAUUAUAGUACACCAUAAAGCUCAUUUUCCUACAAAAAUAAAAGUACUACCCUCGAUUUUUAUCGAGAUUAGACGAAUUGUAUUUUACAGGACUUUAAAACUGAAAUGUCAAAAAAUCAAUUUAGCAAAACUGAAAUAUACGCUUUAUUUAUUUUUUGCGAUUAUUUUAUUUUAUAUUUUUGUUUAUAAUUUUGACCAAUUGAAUUUGUUAAUUAUAUUGACGAACACUGAGCAGCUAACAUGUAGUAUUGAAUAUUAUUUUCUAUUCUUACUCGUAAUUAGGUCAAUAAAUUUAAGUAAGGUGAAGUAAAUUUUGUGUAUACCUAGUUUUACUUAAAUUACUUUUACCAUGCACACCCUAUUCAUAAAUUGUAAUAGAGUGUCUAGACCCAAUAUUUCCAUCACUUUUCACUGCGACUUUACCUUCGCUUCGUAGAUACUGCACAAAACAGUGUGAAUGUGGCGAGGUGCCAAAUAAAAAAAAACAGUCAGAACGGGCUCUAUGUUUGGCGCAUAUUAUACUCUACUACACAACAAUAGUAACCAGUGAGAAUUUUUAUACAUUAUGAUCUUAAUAGAAUAAAAUACAAAUAAUCGUAUCCAGUAAAUGUAAAAAAAAACAAUAAAUAUGAAUUAAAGAAGACGGUAGAUUGUUAUGUAUAAAAUGUAUUUAUUACUUUCAAGGUUGGAAAUAGAGUAUUUUGCGGUGGAGUAAUAUGGAAUACUUGGGAUGUAUCACUUUUAUAUAUUUGCUUAUAUGUAUUUAUUCAUUUUAAAAUCGAACCUGCUAAUUGAUAUUUUAGAGUUGUAAGGCACUUCUCUUCAACUUGCAAAACGAAACGCAAUAAUAUAAACGUUAACUUUUAUUCACAUAUUUUUUGUAUAUUCCUUUUUAUACAUAAUUGACGGAACAUUAUAAGAAAAACUAUAUAGAGAAUCUCAUGUAGGGAUUUAACUAAUAAGUUGUUAAGGGUUAUAUUUUCAAAAAAAAAAAUCAAUAUUAAAAAAAUAAUAAUUAUUAAUUAUUAGUCACAAUAUCUUAUUAAAUAACACCAAUAUUGCUCUUAGAUUUCGAUUAGUCGUAAAAACUUUGUUAAAAGUGAACAACAAUGGAAAUCGAACCCAUGUCCUCUUUGUUGAAUCCGGCCUCUUACUAGUAGUAAGUAUAUGUAUACCUACUCAUUACUCAUGCUGUAAUAGCGCUUCCUUCAUUAAACAAAUUUCAGACAUAUUAUUUUCAUAAAGAGAUUUCUUUUACAGAUUUACAGAUUCUCUCUAUAAUAAUAAUAUCACAAGACUAUGACUUACAAUAGUAAAGGUUUUUUUUUAAUAAAAUAAGGACUGAACGUAAAUAGUGACAUUUAGAUAUAAAUUUUACAUAAAACUGUCUAGCAAAUGAAAAAAAAAAUUAUAUCUAAUAUAAAAUCACGUAGUUACUUAUGUAAGAUUAUUCUAUUCUGUUAUGUAUAAAUUGAGAUAUGUUGUAGCGUGAGUACAUGCAGCAGACCAUUGUAACUCUGUAAGCUAUAAUCUCUAUUCCAAUAAUUAUAAUAUUCUUCCUUUUAUAUCGAUUAUGAUAAGAGUUGUUAGAGGGACUCGGGUCCCGACGAGCGGCCUAAGUAGGUUUAAUGUCUUUUCAUGUUUCCCGAGGGAAACGCCGUGUCGACUUGUGGCUAUGCAAGUGUGAAGAGUUAUAAGUUCCAUGUAACAGAACUUAUAUAUUCUGAUGGAUGGAUAGAUAGAGAUGUUGUUACCACAAUAACUUCUCUAGAUAGAGAUAUUGUUACCACAAUAACAUCUCUAGAUAGAGAUGUUGUUACCACAAUAACAUCUCUAUUAUAAUAAGCCAACAUAACACUGAGCCAAUUUACCAUAUUAUAUGACUGUAAGGAAUCUUCCAUUAUAUUAUGUAUCUUUGUAAGAUUUUUAUUUCGCCGUGCCAAGAUUUACAUAAACUUUAUAAAAGAAUUUAUUUAUUUAUCUAUCACUGUUACGGUCUCUUCAUACAAUGUUUACAAUACAAUAAUUGUUGUUUGUGGAACUCUUAGGGCUCUCUUUCGCACACAAUAAUACCUAUUAUGAAUAAAGUACUGUUCAGUGUCUGAAGUCGUUUACUCUAACAGCUCCCGCAAACAUACAAUUGUAAGUUGGCAGACUAAAUCAUAGAGUAGGUAUCCAAUAAUAGUGACAUACUAUAAGCUAACGAAGUCGGCCAACUAAUUCAUUGGACACCGAACGUAUCAGAAUUGAGACUCACCUUCGAUUACGUACCUACGAAUUACAUACGAAAAAAAACGUUGACGUCUCGGCACGCUCGACAGAAGUGAUAACUUAAACCUGCUGCCGUAUGCGUGAGAGAAAGGGAAGGCAGACAGAGGCGCAAGUAACGCGUUACGUUACCAAGUAUCCUCUCAUAAGAGGGAGAGAGUUAUCACUCCAAAAAGUUCGUCGAACAUAUUGCUAUCUGCGGGAGUUCUAAGGUAAAAAUGCAGUGAUAUUGUCGGAAUACGAUGGUACUACUUUAGGCAACAUUAUCCUACUUUAUAAAAUUAUUGCGUAUGUGCAGCUUAUUCGUUGUUGGUGUCAUACUUUUGUUAAAAUAAAGUCGAAAAUUAAUCAAUGAUUGUGCGCACGUUGCGUCGCCUGAUUCACUGUCGAAUUAAUUAAUUUUCAUCUUUCUUUCUACAGCACCAAUGUCAAGAACAGUUUAAUAAAUGAAUUAAACCUCAAAAGCAAGUCUCUACAAACUCUGUUAUUCCUACAUACAAACACUAAGGGUGUUAAUUCGGUGACAUCCGAUGUAAUCUAAAUGCUGUCCUUUUCGUAAUGGGAUCAUUGAAAAGAGUAAUAUUAAUUUAAUAAUUUCACUCUAUUACGUCAAAACCGAAAAUUAUUAACAUACAUAAAUUGUGUUCGAAAUGUUACGCAAUUAUUACCUAAAUAUUAUUAUAGUGUUUAUUUAUUUACAUAAUUGUUAUUAAAUAUACACACAAACAAUACAUUUACAUACAAAUACUGUGUAAGCCUUAGAUUCUAAGGGUAAAAGUAAAAUAAAUAAUUUAGAAAGAAUAGUUAGGUAUAUUACAACUUUUUACUGGGCACAAUAUCCUUUAAGUAUUUUAUAAUGAAUUCCUAUUUUGUUUUCUUUAAUCUGUGAUUGUUUUCAAUGCAAACUUCCGUUUCCUGUGAUCUCUGAUUUUAUAUUUUAAUAAUAAAUAAUAAUUAAUAUUAUACCUAUUCAUUUUUCGAUAAAUAUUAUAUACUUUUUUAUUUGGACAAUAUUUUAUAUUUUUUGACAUUUUUUGUAUUUUUGGCGACCAUGUUGAUCAUUAUAGUGUAAGUUUUGUCACAAUGUGUAAUGUAAUAAUGUUUAAGUUAAAUGUAUAAUUAUAUUAAUAGUUAAUAAAUUAUUAAUCCAAG